AUGACACACUCAGUGCUCACGGACAGCAGCCCUGGACCCUACCCCAGCCUCACCCGCCCCGACACUCCCGGCAUAACCUUCAUGCAGUAUAGAGGGUGGCAAUUCCAGGAUGCACCGGAGAACAUGGACUUCGCCCUGCACGCUGGCACCCUGGGUGGCGACCGUUACCAACGCGCAGCCGAGUUUACAGACGCCCACUACGAGCAGAGGGACACGUCGUUGAACAACGCUAUCUGGGGUUGUCUGCCUAGGUCCAUGGCCGAGAUCAAUGAGAUCGAAGCUACCGUCGAGGACAACCUGCGGCGCCUGGAUCCUGGCGAGGACGACGAUACCCUCCAGGUGGAUAGUCUGCAAGAUCGCGUCAUGCAGUUCGAAGCAACUCGCACCAAGGCAUGCGUCGGCGUUUUGCUACGCCUCCUUCUUGAUGCAGACGCAGAUUUCCUUCCUCCCGGCACCGACCCGAAGCGUCUCUUCAUGCAGAAGGCGCAAGCGUCAAUGUUCGAGCCGCUCUCGGCAGCCCUCAAGCGCACCAAGCAGUUCGCUGCUGACGUCGAGAACCAGUGCAUCUUCCCAGCUGAAGCCUCAGCCUCAACUAUCGUCAAGUGCUACGAGAAGCCUCACUGCCAUGCGGUCGCGCUCUACGCUCCCGCUUUGCUGGAGCUGUACCCCUGGGCCAACUCGGCAACCUUGUUCUCCUCCGACGCGGCCUUUGAAGGUAUCGCGUCACUCACGACUGAGCUGUAG